CCACAAGGCUUUUGACAAUGUUUGCCUAUACUGUUUACUUACUAAAUAGGACGUAAUGUGGUAAAAGUAUUUUCCUCCAUAGUCUAUCACGUAUCCAAUCGACAGGCAGGAUGAAGUACGUUACGUUCCUCCUCGUUUCCGUCAUCGUUUCCACCGCGACAGGAGUUCUAGAUAAAAGCGAACGCGUAACUAAUGGCGUUCAGGCAUCAGCCGGAGAUUUCCCUUACAUUGCCUCAGUCACAGUCGGAGGACAACAUAUUUGCGGAGGAUUCAUCUAUAACCAAGAGUGGAUUGUUACCUCCGCCUCUUGCGUAUUCGAUUAUUUACCGAGCGAAUUACGCGUAACAGUGGCGCAAUUAUCGCUGAUCAACGACGACCCUGAAGAGAAAGUUUACGCCAUAUUUCGAGUGGUUUUCUUCGACGGUUACGAUUACACUUCAGGUUUGCACGACAUUGCCCUAUUGCAGACCGCUUCACCCAUCGAGUUCAGCACCAACGUCAAUUUCAUUCUCUAUGAUGAAGCGAGAGAAUCUCCAGCCGACAAGGGCAUUUUGGCUGGAUGGGGAGCUACAUUUGAAGGUGGUCUAGCCUCGUCCAGGCUGCGUUCAAUCGAAGUUACAUUCGGAUCCGACUGUAAAGCUUAUGGCGAAGAUCAGUACUAUCCGAAUUACAUGCUCUGCGCUGGAGGCUCUGCAGUGGAUACUGGAAACCCCUGCCCCUUGGAUGAAGGUUCACCAUUGGUACAAGAAAGUAACGGAAUACUCUACGCAGUCGGUAUCAUGUCAAAGAACAAGGGAUGCGGAACCGCUGCCGAACCGACCAUCUAUACUCGAACAAUGCCAUAUUACCCAUGGUUCGCCAAGGUCGCCGGAGAUCAACCUACGCCGGUAUAAAAAGAAACGAAAAUAUUCACUUUUGCAUAAACGUUUUGGAAUGCCUAUGUAAUGUACAAUAUGUCAAUUAAGUUAGCGGAUAAAUUCCGAAAUACAAACAGCGUUUAACAGACA